GUCAGCAGUGGUGGGGGUGCUGGUGGUGUUUCACGUGGCCGUGGCAGUUAUCGCGGUAGUCGCGGAGGAUACGAUGGUUACCGGGGUGGGCGUGGGAUGGAUGAUUAUGAUGGUUACGAUCGCUCAAGGAGUGCAUCGUACUCACGAUCGCGCUCACGCUCUCGAUCCCGCCAUAGACGCCGCUCGAGCAGAAGUCGUAGUCGCAGCCGCAGUCGCCAUCGUCGAUCGCGUUCCAGAAGUAGCCGAAGCCGUAGCCACCGCAGAAGUCGCAGCCGCAGCCGUAGUCGGAGCCGUAGGUCUCGGUCUCGUUCUAGCUCACGAUCGAGAUCGAAGUCUGGUCAUCGUAGUCGCAGUCGCAGCCACAGUCGCUCGCGUUCCUCACGUUCGCCUAGCCAUCGGCGUAGCAAACGUCGAUCUCGAUCGGGAGGCUCGGGAGGAGACGAUCGUUCGAAGAAACCGGCCGUUCAGAUGUCGAAGCCGGUAUCGAAGAACCUAGUGUCCACCAUUCGUGGUGCUACUCGCUCUCGUUCACACUCACGAUCACGCACACACUCACGCUCGCGGUCCAACUACAAGCACCGAUCCUCAAGGCGCCACCGAACGCCACAACGGUCACGUCGCUCUGGUUCGAGAGCAGAAGAUGAUUCCCAGAGAGCAUCGAAAGUUGAUCGGAAGCUGGCCGAGCCCGCGGAGGCGAAGGAACCAGCGGCAUCACUGGUCGGACCGAUCGGCCCACGAUCACCUCCGGAACCACCCAUGGAAUCCAAUCUGCCACCGGAGCAGAAUGGCGAUGGUGAUCGUACGGCCAGCAUCGUUGACGAAGAGGAACCGCCCGUCGUCUCGGAAUCGUUCAAAAAGCAUCGAAUCAUUCUACGCACCGAUCAGAUGAUGAGAAGCACCAAGGAGAUCGAGGAAGAGGUACGAGAACGGCUCAUACGCCAGCAAAAAGAACGCGAAGAACAACAGCAGAAGCAACAAAAGGAGCAGCAGCAACAAGAGCAGAAACAGAAGCGUCUGGAGCGUGAAAAGGCGCACGCGCGAAGGCGACGUAACCGGAAGGCGGAGCAGGAGGAGGAGGAGGAGGAAGACGACGACGAAGACAGUGAAGAGGAGGAAGAAGACGAUGAAGAAGAAGAGGAAGACCAGGAGGAGCGGAGCAACCGUGAGCGAGGCAGAAGAAUGGAUUCCCGUAACCAUCCUUACAUCAAUAGGCCACCGUCGCCACCCCCACUACCCGGUAACGGGCAGAAGUCAAAGAUUGAUGCACCGCGGAAGAUGGAGACACUACGUUCGCAGAUAGUGAAGGACGUGCACCGACGAGUGAAGGAAAGAUCACCAGCUCCACCGCCGGCGGAAGAUCGUCGAUCGCGUAUGAAACGAUCACCCGAGCAGCAGCUUCAGCGGGUACGCAAUGAAAGUGCCAAUGGUGCAAGCAAGCGCCCUCCAAGGACACCGCCAUCGUCAUCAUCGUCUUCAUCAAGCACGGAAGAGGACUCGGAGGAAUCCAGUGGCAGCAGUGCCAGUAGCCAUGGCCAUGGCGACGGUCGCCGGCGUGCGUCUCGUUCACGGGCUCCUCGAGCUCGCCACACUCUCGAACGGCCCAGGCGUGCACCACGUGUGGAGGAGCCCCUGCCGACAUCACGCGAUCGUAAACGAUCGACAAACGUGCCGGAAGAGCUUACCAAACCAGACAAACGCGCACGAGUGAUGAUGAAGGGUGAUCGAGAUAGAGGCAGAUCGCGGGAGCAAGCACCACACUCAGCUGCUCAUCAUCAUCAGAUACGUGCUGGAGGAGGAGGAGGCGCAGGAGAUAUGGAUGGUCGCCGUCGCUUAUCACCGAGUCGUCGUUUGCGACACCAACGGAGUGGCAGUCGUGAGGAUCAACGCAAAUCAUCUCACUCUCGACCGUCAUUCACCAACGACGCUAGUGGCGAUGAGUCGAUCAGCAGACGCAGAGUUGCCGUACGACACGGCGGCGAUCGGGGCUACAGGCGAUCGUGAGCACUUGCUUCGAGCUUCGUUCAACGUCGACCAUGGAGAUGAACAAAAUCUCAAUAUCGUCUGUGUAUCUGUGUGUACGUUUCUAUCCCGGCCGAAUUCAAAUGUGGCUUCCACCACAAUUCACAAAUAUUAAACAUUCAUUGUGGACAUCCUUCAUUGCGAUUUAGAUUAAUGUAAAGUGCAAACGAAGCGAAGCGAAGCGGAGGUGAUGAAGUAGAAUGUCAUGUAAUAGAUAAUAAAUUUUAGCUCUUCGGUAUUGAACGA